AUAAGAAGAUUAGAGAGGAAUUAACGUCAUUCCUUUGUCAUUAUAGGAAUAAAUUGAUAUUUGGUUUUAAUCAGAGGGAGGGGAGCGAGGAGAGCAGGGAGAACAGGAUGUGCCCUGAGUAGCAUAGAAGCACGAGCCAGAGGGACUGGCACUAGGACACGGGCAGGCGAAAACACAAGCUGGAGGAACGUUUUGUGGCACUGGAGCUGACAGUUGGAUGCCUGGAUCAACGUGCAGCAUGUAACAGAGGACGAGAGGGUUGUAUAACACAGAUCUCUCAGAGCUCUGCGUGUCCGCUGUGAGGUGGAAUGGGUGCUGCUGGGAUAUGGAUGAGCCACCGGACAGGGACAGUCAGGGCGUCCCACUGACCUCCUGGAAGAUCUCUGAGAGAUAGACUCAGACGCAUUGGAAAGACUUCCUGGUUGCUCCAGCUCUUCCAGACCCAGGCAUGAACCUGGUGCUCCUGGCCUUCAGGCUGAUGUGCCUGGCCUGGCUGUGGCCUGUCACACUGCUCAACGGCAGCCAACGACCCAACAAGAGGAGGCACAAGGACGUGUACCUUGGGGAGAACACCAAGAACCAACAUGGAGGACGAAUAGACUUUAAGAUGAAAAAGUCUGACAGCACCAAGUCCCUGCUUAUUAAAUCUGAACAGCUGCUCCGUAUCGAGGACCAUGACUUUGCAAUGCGGCCUGGCUUUGGAGGGGCAGCUAUUCCUGUGGGCAUAGACGUGCAGGUGGAGAGCAUUGACAGUAUAUCUGAAGUCAACAUGGACUUCACCAUGACUCUGUACCUGAGACACUACUGGCAGGACGACCGGCUGGCAUUCCCUUCCAGCAGCAACAGGAGCCGGACAUUUGACGCUCGGCUGGUGAAGAAGAUCUGGGUGCCGGACGUGUUCUUUGUUCACUCCAAACGCUCCUUCAUCCAUGACACGACCAUGGAGAACAUCAUGCUGAGGGUGUACCCUGACGGCAACAUUCUCUACAGUGUCAGGAUCACUGUAACUGCUCUUUGCGCCAUGGACUUCAGUAGUUUUCCGUUGGACACACAGAAUUGCUCUCUGGAACUGGAGAGCUACGCGUACAAUGAGAACGACCUCAUGCUCUACUGGAAGAACGGGAACGAUUCAUUAAGGACUGACGAGAUCGUGCUCUCGCAGUUUUUUAUUGAAGAAUUUCACCCUUCCUUCGGGCUUGCCUUCUACAGCAGCACGGGUUGGUAUAACAGGCUCUACAUAAACUUCAUCCUCAGGCGGCACAUCUUCUUCUUCAUGCUGCAGACCUAUUUCCCCACCAUGCUGAUGGUGAUGCUCUCCUGGGUGUCCUUCUGGAUUGACAGGAGGGCUGUGCCCGCCCGGGUCUCUCUGGGCAUCACCACAGUUCUGACCAUGUCCACCAUCAUCACAGGCGUGUCAGCCUCCAUGCCCCAGGUCUCUUAUGUGAAAGCGGUAGAUAUCUACCUGUGGGCCAGCUUCCUGUUUGUCUUCCUGUCCGUCAUCGAGUACGCCACCGUCAACUACUUCACCACUGUGGAGGAGAUGAAGAAGCUCAAGGGGGGAAAGAUCCCUGCCAAUUUCAAUGCCACUCAAACUAUGGCCUUUGAUGGCUGUUACCAUGACAAUGACAUUGACCUGAUGCCAUUCCCAGAGCUGCCCAGCACCCCCAACACAGAGCGGAGUCGGACGGCCACAUUGAGGAACUCGAGGAACUUUGCUGCAGAGCCCCCGCCCACGGAGGGCACCAGGCUACGACGCAGAAAAUCCAUCAAACACAACCUCAGCUUCAUCAUGAGUAACAGCUACAUGAUCGACUCCUACUCCAGAGUCAUCUUCCCCAUGACCUACCUGCUGUUCAACAUCACCUACUGGAGCUUGUACUCCAGUAGGUGAAUAGACCGUCAACAGUCUACUAACAGUUCAUCAUGCAGUGGAUUAUUGGAGUAUGUACACCUAAAGCAGGAUUGUCUAAUGACUACUGAACAAUAGUACUACUGUAUAUUAUCUGUUAGGUUAUUCUCACUGAGAACAGCAUCAUCGUCAAGGCGUUGUAUUCUGCCACCCACUGGAUUAUGACCUUAACCAUUGGUGUCUACCAGAGUGCAUUGUGGGAGUUUUGGACAGUCAAGCCCUACUGAAGAAGAGAUACUAUUGAGUAAAUCUGCUUUUUAUUGGAAACCUGUUGGAAUCCGGGUUCAGGUGUGAAGUUGCUGGUGCUGUUCAUGGAACUGCUUCUGCUGGAAAGCACAGAUGCUUUCCCCCCCACUGGUUUAAACAUUUAGUUACUGUAUAUAGUAUGAAUUUAAAUGUGCAUGAAAAUGAAGGUGCGUGUGUCUUUUAUAUCAGUGAAUAUCAGAAUAAUACAAUAUCAGAGUAGCUUA